CCGAGUAGGGUGUGUUUGAAUCAGACAGACUUUACCCUCGGACGAAUACCACGUGCUCUCGAUAGUUUGCUUGUAUUUACUCAUAAUAUUUAGUCUUUAGUGUAGACAGUAGAAAUUAGUGCUUCAUUUACAUACCAAUCGAAUAAACAAUUCUACAUUAUGUUCAAUUAAUUUUGGAUACCAAUGAAGGGGGUGGCUGACAAUUAGUUCUCAAUAUUGAAAUAAAAUUAAGGCAUUAACAAGUGAAGAAGCUGAGAUAGAACUUUAACAAAAGCCUCCAAGGUAUAACGUGAUACAACGACGACCAACUUUUGCCUGACAACCUUUUAUUCAGGAUAAUGGAAGCCAAUGCUGGGGGCAACAAAAUACUAUGCUUGUAAUGCUCUUGGUGUUUCUCACCUUCUGUUAAUACGGAUUUUACUUUGACUCAACUUUAAAAAAAAGACUUUUGCGCUUCAAGUUUUGACGACAUUUUUAUUUUUUUAUUAAAAAACAACACCAGUUAUUUUUUCUUAUGUUCAAAUGAACCACAGUUUUUUUCUUUCAAUGUUACUUUUUUUAUUAUACUCAUCAAACAGCUAACACUUGUUGUACAUUCUAAUACAGUCUGAAGAAAAAUGAUUUUAAAGAGAAAAAUGAGACGAAUUUAAUUGAUGGUUUGUAGAAAGAAAGUAUAAUUUUGAUAGAAGAAAAAUCCAAGAGAAAGAGUUAACUGAAUGGAGGGAGGAGUAGUCUAGGCAAACAGGUAAACUCAGUACGAGUUGAAGCAUUCAAGUUGCUAUAAAGUUUCUCACCAGCACGGAAGCAGAAAUGGAGUCAAAGUUGUUUGGAGUGAUGUUGCUUGCAUGGCUAAGGCUUGUUGCUGGCUCACCACUGUAUCCACGAUUCAUAAUGCCUGACGAAGGAAUCAAGAAAGGAUCAUAUAUCAGGCACUAUACAGGAGCUUUUUACGACACGGAGGCAUUGAAGGAGCAUCGAGCACGAUCACGUCGUGACUCUUUGUCGAUAGGAAAAGAAGAUGGUGUUACUUUGAAUUUACAUCUCAACGCGUUCGACAGAGUCUUCAAGAUGAAGCUUGUGAGAGAUACAAGUGUAUUUCAUAAAGACGUGCUCUUCGAAACAUCAAAUGGCCGAUCGAUAUCCUUUGAUCCAUCUCAUGUCUAUACUGGUAGCCUGGAGGAUGAUGAAUCAUCCCUAGUUCAUGGAGUCAUUACAGAAGAUGGCUUGUUUGAUGGAACUAUAAUUACAACUACAGAUGAAAUUUAUUUCGAACCCACAAAACGAUAUAAACGUUUAGUCCAAACAGAAGUGGAUAAAAUGAACCACCACACAAUUGCAUAUCGUUCAAGUGACGUUGCUACUCCAACAUUUACUCUAUCGCAACCUUUCCACAACCAAAAUCUAGUUGAAAACGAGUCCUUCAAUGGCAGUGAUGCGUUCAAUGAUCCGAUUCUGUUUGAUGGAGAUGAUGACUUUUAUCAUCAUGAUUUCAUUGACAAAAAUUUAGGAUCAGACUAUCCGGAGGAGUUGAAGAAAAAUAAGUACCUGGAGCUUGAUAAACAAAAUAGUGACAAAUAUUUACGGAUAGUAAAGAAGCGCACAUCAAUAGACCCAAACAAAACAACAUGUAUGCUGUAUCUCCAAGCAGAUCACACUUUUUUCGAUCACUAUAAGUCAGAAGAGGCUUGCAUCGAGGUCAUGACCCGUCACGUGCAGCGGGUCAAUUCUAUUUACCGUUAUACGGACUUCAACCAGGAUGGUCAAAAGGACAAUGUUAGUUUCAUGAUAAAACGAGUGAAAAUUCACGGGCCAAAAGCACUUGAAGACCCAUCAUAUCGGUUUACUGGCAAGUAUGGAGUUGAAGAGUACCUUGAGUUAUUUUCAGAGGAGAAUUAUGACGCAUUUUGUCUGUCUUAUAUGUUCACUUACCGUGAUUUUGAGAAAGGAACGCUUGGACUAGCUUGGACUGGUGACUUGAAGAAUGCGGGGGGAGUUUGCGAGAAGAAUGGGCACUAUCGUGGAAGCAUGAAAUCAUUAAACACAGGAAUAAUUACCUUGUUGAACUAUGGGAAACAUGUACCACCUGCUGUGUCCCACGUCACUUUAGCUCACGAAAUUGGACAUAAUUUUGGAUCUCCUCACGACCCAGAUGAAUGUUCUCCAGGAGGAGAAGAUGGGAACUUUAUUAUGUUUGCAAGAGCGACUAGUGGAGAUAAGAGAAACAACAAUAGAUUUAGUCCUUGCAGUCUUAUCUCAAUUAAUCCUGUAUUGAACAUCAAGGCUAGGUCUACCAAGGGUUGCUUUGCAGAACUUCAAGUGGCCAUUUGUGGUAAUGGAGUAGUAGAAGAAGGCGAAGAAUGCGAUUGUGGAUGGGAAGAAGACUGCAACGAUCCGUGUUGCCAUCCUCAACGAUUACAUCAUGCUCCAUUUGAAAUACCUUGUCGUUUAACUGAAGACGCAGUUUGCAGUCCUAGCCAAGGUCCCUGUUGUACGACAGAAUGUUCGUUACGUAGUGGGACAAAGUGUCGAGAAGACAAUGGAUGCAGGGAUGCAAGUUUCUGUGAUGGUCGAGGUCCCCAGUGUCCACCAUCCGUUAACAAACCCAACAAGACAAUAUGCAAUGAGGAAUUCGUUUGCUACAUGGGAGAAUGCACUGGCAGCAUUUGUCUAGCUUACGGUCUCGAGUCAUGUCAGUGUACCGCAGGACCAAAUGACCCGCCAACCAAAAGUUGUGAAUUAUGCUGUAAAUUGCCUGGAGAAAACCAACCGUGUCUCUCAUCGUUCGAUUGGAAUUCACCUCCAUAUGAAAUUCCAAACAUGAUGUCAAAGCCAGGAACUCCUUGUAAUGAUUAUAAUGGAUACUGUGACAUUUUCCAACGAUGUCGAGAGGUGGAUCCAACUGGUCCAUUAGCAACCCUACGAAGACUCUUGCUAUCCGACGUCAGUCUAGCUCGUUUCCAGCAGUGGAUGACCGACAGGUGGUAUGCAGUAGCAAUUGGGAUGCUAAUUGUUACCAUUGCUUUGGUUGCUAUUACAAGAUUACUGAGUAAAGAAGCUGAUUCCCAUUUACGAAUUCUUUACGUAACUGAAGAUUCUAGGAAGGAAAACUUUCAAAAUCGAGAAGAUCAAUCAUUUCAUGCAGUAAAUGCCUUGGAAAAUAUUUCAAGGAUUAAAAGAAGAAUUGUAGAGGCUAUGAAGACGAUAGCUUCUCCAAGGAAGACAAAUGACUUGACUUUGCCAGAAAAUUCGAGAGUUUAUGAUAAAAUUAAGCAUUUGACGUUACCAGAAGAUAAAGAAAACGGUGAAAUGAUGCAGAAAAAAUACUUUUAUCCAACCAAUUACAAUUAUCAUAAUACCUACAAUAAUGAUGUUCAAGUGAAUGUGAAAAAAAGCAAAAAAAAGUUAACAGCUCAAAACAAUUUAUUUUCGGUGAAAUUUAUUGGUAAAUUUUUUAAUUCAAAAAAGUUUGAAGUUAAAAAAACUAUUUUAAGUGCUUCCACAAGACAUACAGACAUCAAUCAGGUGAAAAAUACUAGUGAAAUAAACAAUUUGUCUCCAAGAACUCAAAUAGAACAUAUAGAUGGAAAAAAUCGCGUGUCUGACUUGGAAAUACUCUUACGAAGGAGUUAGUGAAUUAUAUAAUUUGUGAUAACAAUGUAAAUAAUGUAAAUUUUUUCAUUAAAAUUAUUUAUCGAAAAUAGAUAGUAAA